UAUUCUUUGAAAACACUGAUUUAAUCCAUGUUUUUAUAGUUAUAGUUGAAAAUGUGAUAUUGUGUAUAUAGCAAUCUCUUUGAUCAUUUUACGUGAUUCUUGAACAUAUAUAAAUAAAUAUUACACAAAAAUAGGAUAUAAGAGUAGUUCGUUUAUUACGGCAAUGAAAUUGUGAUGGCAUUUCUAUCAACCUGUGCGGCUGCCCUCCUGCUAAUUGAACCCCUACGCCCCUGGUCCAUCUCAUAGCUUCGUUCACCGUCAGGUUUCGUUACUUGGAAUUUGGGAUGUUAGAAUACCAUAUUUUUUAACUUAUCUAUUGCUUUUUUAUGUAUAUUUAUUUUCAUAUUUGUUCAUUGGAUAUUGUAGUUGUUCUGUUGAAAUAAUAUCAUACAGUUGAGUACCUCAUCACCAUUAUUUGUCGGCACGUUUUAAGCCAUUGCAAAGUGUCUUGGCCUAUUUUGAGAUAGUCCAGUCCACGUGAAGUGAAAUUUUAUUUCAAUCAAAAUUAUGGCUGAUAGUGCUAGUGAGAGUGACUCGAGCUCAAUCGAUGGUGGUCCAAUAAUGAUGCCACCUUCUCCUGUGACCAGAGAGCAGCUACAAAAACGCAUUGAAUCUUUGCAGCAGCAAAACAGGGUUCUCAAAGUUGAACUAGAGACCUACAGAUUGAGAGUUAAAGCUGUUCAAGAAGAAAACAGAGAUUUACGACAAGCUUCUGUUAACAUUCAAGCCAAAGCGGAGCAAGAAGAAGAAUUUAUCAGCAACACGUUAAUGAAGAAAAUUCAUGCUCUGAAAAAAGAGAAAGAAACUCUAGCACAUCAUUAUGAACAGGAGGAAGAAUGUUUAACUAAUGACCUCUCACGAAAACUUACACAGCUGAGACAAGAGAAAUGCCGGCUCGAACAGACUCUAGAACAAGAGCAAGAGUGUCUGGUGAACAAGUUGAUGCGCAAAAUAGAGAAACUGGAAGCGGAGACUCUGGCCAAACAGACGAACCUGGAGCAACUGCGACGCGAGAAAGUGGAACUGGAGAAUACACUCGAACAGGAGCAGGAGGCGCUUGUCAAUCGCCUCUGGAAGCGCAUGGACAAAUUGGAAACUGAAAAAAGGAUGCUGCAAAUACAGCUGGACCAACCGGUGUCGGAUCCGGCGUCGCCCAGGGAGAUCAGCAACGGGGGUGACACGGCCACCAACCUCAGCACUCACAUUCAGACGCUAAGAGGCGAGGUGUCCCGGCUCAGGAAGCAGUUGGCCAACACCCAGCAAGAGCAUACCGAGAAAAUGGAGCGAUAUGCCAAAGAAGAGAAGCACAUCAAAGAGGAGAACAUGCGACUGCAAAAGAAGCUGCAGAUUGAAGUCGAGCGUAGAGAGGCCCUCUGCCGACAUUUGUCCGAAUCAGAAAGCAGCCUUGAAAUGGAAGAAGAGCGUCAAUACAAUGAGGCCGCCUUAUCUGGAGCGAAUCUUAGGAACUGUGUAGUGUCUAGUCCAGUACCAUACAAUCCAUCACCCAGUUCAUCUAGACCACUUAGUCCAGGCGGUUUAGGUCAUAGUCGUGAUGGUUGCCUGUCGUCAUCUCUACCUCGGUGCUACGCCUGUGGCCAAGCCACUGUCAAUUAUCCACCUCAUGCCAAUUUCGGCCCAGUCCAUUAUAUGUCAAAUAGUUCCAAUACUUCCAAUAUGGGCCUUGGUGUUCACCACCAGAGACCAGGUCAGCGACCGUCUGAGAGGUUCAUCAAGCCAGCCAUACCUCCCGCCGCACCCACUUCCCCCUCCCCUGCCUCACCCGCUUCUCCUAUGGACACCACCAAAUGUUAGAACUACCGGAUACUUAGAGAGAAAUACUUUGUUGCCUGUGCAUUCAAUGGUCGGAGGUGGAACUGUGCUUAUUAAUGUACAUUGGAGAGCAGCUCAAUCAUCAAGAGGCAGCCAUACUGUAUUUUGUGUGAAUGACUACAACUUGCGAUUGAUGGGUGAAAUUUGAUUUUAAAUCUACUGACCUUACAAAUCACUUUUCCAUAUCAAAAGUUGUCUCCUGUGAUUUUGCAAUAUAUUCAUUGCGAUCUCUUCUAUAAAAAAUGCUCUUAACACAAUUGAUUAACCAGCUCUUCAUUUUGGCACAAUUUAUCAAUCGAUAUUUCAAUGUUCAAUUCAUUCAAUAAUAAUCAGCUAGAGAUGUACAGUAUAUUACAAACUAACCAUUCUAAUUAUUAUUGUUUCCAAGCAUUUUAAAGCUAUAAAUUUUGAUCUAGUCUUUAAGUUAACAUUCUUAUUCGUAUGAUACAAUGAAUUAGGAUUUAUCAAUUAGAGUGUGAUGAUUUGCGCAGAGUGUAUAUGAUAGGGAGCAACUAUGAUUCUGUUGCUUGAAAAUAGAGGUUGUCAUAAUUUAUGGAAUAGAUCAUAUUCAGGUGAAGUUUUUCUUUCAAUUUUCUUUAUUAUUUCAAUGAAGAUGUAUCUGAAACAUUAAGGACCUUCAACAACUUUUUUUUAAAACUUGGUCAUUUUUCACACUCUUGCGCUGAUAUCAAUAUUAAAAAUGCUAUUUCAAGUGCUCUGUGAUGUAAUGAAUUAUUUGUUCUGGUUGUAUUAGAAAUUAAUGAAGAAAAAUAAUCUAUUUGGUUGGUAUGUCGUAUUUUGAUCAACUGAAGAAAUACAGAGUGAUUAUAAAAGGACUUUACAACUUUGAAAGCACAUACAUAUUUAUUGGAAUAACUAACAGAAUUGAGAAAGGUGUCAUUUUGUUACUAAACACUUCAAGUUUAAGGUUUGGGAGUUAUUUUGGUUUGAUGUGACAGCCGUUGGGAAAGUGACAUACAUCCCACCGAUAAUUGAUUUCUUGCCAGUCGAGCUACACUCGUACCAGCAUAUCAGGUGUAACUUGUGCAAUCUGUAGCGAUCCGAAUGUGAUCCGAUUUCGGAGGUCAUUAAGAUUGGCUGGUAGAGGCGAAACAUGAACCUCAUCCUUAAUGAAACCCCACUGGAGAAGAAAUUCAGGUGAGUGAGGGGGCCUUGCAAUUCGCCCUGCAUGGUAAAUCCAGCGAAGUUGAAAGCAAUUGUCUAGAAAAUCCCGAACUUUUCCGUGGGGAAGAGCUGGUUCACCGUCAGGCUGAAAGUAAGAGAGCACUUGUUCAUCUUGUUCAGCAUGACGGUGCACCACCUCAUUUCCAUGGAGAAGUUUGGGAUUUUCUAGACAUUCGCUUUCAACUUUGCUGGAUUUACCAUGCAGGGCCAAUUGCAUAACCACCUCGCUCACCGGAUUUAGCAUCGAUGGAUUUCUUCCUGUGGGGUUUCAUUAAGGAUAAUGUUCAUGUUCAGCCUCUACCAGACAAUCUUAAUGACCUUCGAAAACGGAUCGCUACAGAUUGCACAAGUUACACCUGAUAUGCUGGUACGAGUGUAGCUCGACUGGCAAGAAAUCGAUUAUCGGUGGGAUGUAUGUCGCAUUACCAACGGUUGUCACAUCGAACCAAAAUAACACCCACACCUUAAACUUGAAAGUGUUUUGUAACAAAAUGACACCUUUCUCAAUUCUGUAAGUUAUUUCAAUAAAUAUUUAUGUGCUUUCAAAGUUGUAAAGUCAUUUUAUAAUCACUCUGUAUAUUACUUUUAUACCAUUUAUUAUUCACAACUGAAAUUUUGUUUUCCAAAAUACUGUAUAUUACUUGAAUUUAUUACAAUUCUGUAUUGCGAGAUACUAUGUUUUCAAUCAUGUUUUCCAUGACGAAAUAUCUGUUGAAAAUAAUUAUUUAUUAUGUCCUAUAUUUCACUUGAAAUGCUUUAGUUUUCUCACUUAAUUGUCCUUCUCUCUUAGGAUGCAUUUAGUUUUCAACUAGCGGCAGGUUUUCAAAUAAAAACUAUUAUUUUCAAGGAGGAGGAGAGCUUCUUUUCAUUCGAUAAUUUUCAAUAUAAGUGUUCACAUUAAAAAUGCCUUUUACAAUUAUAAAAUUAUUGUUGCAAUGAUAUCUAUUUUUGGAAUACAGCCCACUAAUAAUUAUUAUCUGGUAUCUUUCAUUGUUGCUAAUAAUAUAGCUAUCAAAUAUUAUAGUGAGAAAUAAAUAAACUUCGUUUUUUCUAUAAUA